AUGCCCGAUUUCAAGGAAAUUGCAAAACACGGUUGGCACCCGGACAAAGGAGCCGUCUUCGGCCGCAAGUCCAACACGCAGAGCAACGCAGACCGAGACGUCACGCCCAUCUCACACCUCAGGGACCCGGCAUCCUUCGCUCCUCCGCCGAAGCGGACCGGCGCCGGCGUCCUGCCGCCCCCGGGAGUUGGCGCGACAUCCGCAAGGCCGGCAUCUUCGUCGCCGGCCCAGCAGUAUGGCUAUGCAGACCAGCAACAGGCGGUAGACGAGCCUCCAGCACCACCCAGGCCCUACCGUGUCGAUACCAGCGGCUUGUCUACAGCUCACCUUCCUCCGCCGCCAGGACGGAGAGACGGCGCCGAUGGCAGGGAUCCAACUGCCAGCCCUCCACCGCCACCUUAUUCGGCUACCGCAAGGCCACCGCCCCCCAGCCUGCCCCCACGGCUGCCUCCCCGGAACAGCAAUGCAUCCCCAGGACCCUCUCCCGCCGCCUCAUCCGGGCUGCCAGCCCCGGCGCCGCCCAGCCGACAGCCCGGCUUCCUGAAUCAAGGUGCCGUCGACCGGUUGGGCGCCUCAGGCGUGUCGGUACCAGGAUUUGGCAUCGGCGGUGGGAACAGACAGGUUUUGCCGCCGCCGCCACCUUCCCGAUCUGGUGCAAGCAGUCCAGCCCCGCCGCCGGUGUCAGGAGGAUCCGGGGCGGUGAACGAGCUUCAGUCGCGGUUUUCCAAGUUCGGCGGCUUUGGCAAGAGCUCGACCCCGUCGCCUCCCCCGGCCCAGGCGGCAGCACCAUCCCAAGGGACGACAUGGGCACAGAAACAAGCGGCCCUGAAGACAAUGUCCGACUUCAAAAAGGACCCAAGCUCCGUCUCCUUCGCCGACGCCAAGUCGGCCGCCUCGACCGCCAACAACUUCCGGGAGAGGCACGGCGAACAGGUCGCCGCCGGGGCUCAGAAGGCGAACAGUCUGAACCAGAAGUACGGGCUGGCGGACAAGGUCGGCGGGUACCUGGGCAACGCGAGCGGCGGCGCUGGCAGUGGCAGCGGGGCCGAGGCUGGCAGGACCCCUUCGCCCGCGCAGUCGCACCUCAGCACCAUCAGUAACGCGGCUGGGCUGUUGGGCAAGAAGAAGCCACCACCGCCUCCGCCUCCUAAGAAGAAGCCGGCGCUGGGCGGUAACCCUGUUGAUGCCGGGGAUGAGGACGCACCCCCUCCAGUGCCUGUGGCGACGCGGCCGUUCUAA